GCUAAAAUUGCACAGGAUUAACAAUUAUUGCAGAUCAGAUAUGUAUGAUACUGCAACUAUAAAAGCUGAAAUGCCACUGGUAGGAUCAUCAGUGUGAUCAUAAUCAUAUCUGUGAUAUUCGAAAUGAAGGUCUUCGUUGCAAUCGUCGCCCUCUUCGCCCUGGCCGCGGCCAGCCCUCUCGCCAGAAAUGCUAAAAUUUCUGACGCUGAGAUAGCCACCAUAGUGGCCGCUAUCCAGAGCCCUAGCACCGAUCCCGCCACCGCCGCCAUUCUGGUGGAACAACUGCAAGCUAUUAUCGCUGGAGCCAACCCUAUCGCGAUAAGCCCCGUCGUAGUUGCACCAGCGCCCGUUAUCGUCGACCCGGUUGAGCCCAUCGCAGUUGGACCCGCCAUCAUUGACCAACUCGCCCCCAUCGCUGUGGGACCCGCCAUCGUCGAGUUCCCCGUCGAAGCACCAACCCCGGUCGUGAUCGCACCUAGCCCAGUUGAAGUUGUACCUGCUCCCGUCAUCACUCCCAACCCUACCGAGGUUGUGCCUAGGCCUCCCCCAGUCGCACCUUCCCCCGUGGCUAUUCUCCCCGCUGAAGUUUCAGAAUCUACUGCCUCUCUUGUUCAGAUCAUUGUGAACAUCAAUCAAGCCGCGUCCGCUCCCGUACCCCCCGUAGUUGCUGACACCCCCAUCGCUGUUGACCCUGUGAUUGUCGUGGACCAUGCCCCCAUUGACCCCUCCCCAGUGAUCGUUGCCCCUGCUCCUGUUGACCCCGUCAUCGUGGUGGAACAGCCCGCUGUUGUUCCUGAGCCCGUUGUGGUAGGAACCCCUGUGCUUCCCACCCCCGUGAUCACCCUCCCUGAAAUCCUCAACUAAGCCUAUUCUGAUACGCAGUUUUAGAAAUAGGAUUGUUGAACUUUUAAGCUAACGUCUUAUGAAAGUGGAAACGAUUGUUUAUGACUUUUGUUAGACAAAUGUGAGUUUAAUAAAUAUUCAAUCCUCA